CCCAGUCGCCUGCUUUGACAUUUCGUAUCUUGUUCCUGUGUGAGCUGGGGGAGGAAAGGAAGUGCUUGCCUAGGGUUUAGGAAGUGCUCAGUUCCUGGAGUCCGAGUGCUUGGGUGUUCCUGUGCGAAUACAGCCCAGACAGUGCAUUUUAUUGUUUGCACGGUUCAUCUCUCCUCUCGGAAAAAAAAAAAACACCCCGAAGAAAGAUGGCUGACGAUUUCGGUUUCUUCUCGUCCUCCGACAACGGAGCAGCCCCGGCCGAGGAGGACCCGGCGGCGGCGUUCUUAGCCCAGCAAGAGAGCGAGAUCGCCGGGAUUGAAAAUGACGAAGGCUUCGGGGCUCUGGAGGGGGCUGGCCAGCCGCUGCAGAGUUAUGAUAGCUUUGGAGGAGAAUCUGCUGCUACAGUAAAUGGUGAUUUGUUUCAGGAGACCAAUGGCCCCACUGACAGCUAUGCCGCCAUAGCACGAGUGGACCAGCAGAGGCAGGAGCCCGAGAGCCUACGCAAAUGGAGAGAAGAGCAGAAAGCCAGACUGGAGGAGCUAGACUCGGCGUCCCGGGCCGCAGAAACGGAGUGGAAAGAGAAGGCGAAGAAGGAGCUGGAAGACUGGCACGUGCGGCAGAACGAGCAGAUGGAGAAGAACAAGGCCAACAACAGGAUUGCUGAUAAGGCUUUCUACGAGCAGCCCAACGCUGAGGCGAUAGGCUACGUGGCAUCGGAAGAGGCCUUCCUGAAGGAAUGUGAUGAAGACUCCCCGGGAUCAGAGUGGGAGAGGGUCGCACGGCUCUGUGACUUCAACCCCAAGACCAACAAGCAGUCCAAGGACGUGUCCCGCAUGCGCUCUGUGCUCAUAUCCCUCAAACAGACGCCCUUGGUCCGCUAGGCCUGGGCUACAGUGUCUCACAUACCCCCCAGUCACACCCCUUUCCUCCUCCUGUAGUACGAGCUUUGCCACCCAUCGUCUGGAUCAAGGAAAGCCAAUCUGUUACAAGUUUUUUUUUCUUUCAAGCACCUUAACCUUUUGAUCCCUUCACUUAUGGAUGCAGUAUUCCCUUUUCUUGUCCCCCCCCCCUCCCAAUUUUCACGACUCGCUCCAUCUCCCCUUUCCCGAUCUAGUCUCCUUCAGCGUGAUUCUGUCGUGCUGUUUUGACCAUUGUAGAGAAAAAGCAGAGCGGUGACACUCCCUGUCUGGAAAUCCCUGUGCUCACAGAACAGCCAUCCGAUUCCGGGCGUCUUCUGGGACAGUAACAUUUUCAUCCAGGAGAUGGAGGUGUUGGACAAUAAAUUGAGGCAGAUUAUUUUUCUUUAUUUAAAUACAUCCUUUUCCACAGCAUUUUUGUUUUACUGUUCCUUGACCAGGUGCCUCUCCUUCACUUUUGAGAUACUUGUGGUUAAAAAGUCAAUUCCACAGGGUCCUGAUUAUUUGACUGAUGUACUGCAUCUAUAAGUGUUCUUUUUGCCACCAUUUUCCUCUCGUGUACUGGUUUCUUGUCUGUCAGAUUCACCAGUGCCAUACGCUGCUAUAGAUUCUCCCUUCUUUUGCCUUCCGCAGUAUCACUGGGAUUUGUGCUUUGCAACAGUAGGUUAAGUGGUGUAUUACUGUCUUCUGUUUAGUAGCGCAAGAUCACAUAAGAAAAAUAAUCUGUUUUUACAGAUUUAUCUGUGCCACAACCCCCCAUUCUGCUGUUUGCCAUUCCUUCACGAAGCUGACACUUCACACAAGUCCUUGCAUCAUGUGGUGCUUUGCUUUUAACCGGGUUUGCUGCUUAAAUAUAUAAGAAAACCAUCCAUUUAAUACUGUUUUCCAGGUGAUAAUGUUCAGAACAGGAGUGAAUUGUAAAGAUAUACCUCAGCUCUGCAAACAAUACUAGACAUUUGUUGGGUUUUUUUUGAGUCCUAACUUGAAGACGUCCUGAAAUGUGUACCUUGUCUGGGUUUCAGGGAGGGUAGCUCCUGGUGAUGAUUUAAAAAACUGUUAUAAGCUACUUCUCCGUAUACCUUAUUAAAAAUGAUCUUACAGUUGGAUGAAGCACUAAAUUGAGAUGUACUGCAUUACUGCAGAUGCACUGUCAUAGCAAAGACAUCCUAAAGAUGUAAAUCUUAAACCGCUGUAGUGUCACUCUAAAAACUUCAGUCCCCUUACCACCAUAAUGAGACUGCCCUUUCCAUGAUGAUUGUGCAGGCAGUUCAUAAUGUUACAUGCAGAGAGGCCAGCAACUGAGCUACAGGAUUUAAUGAGCAAGGCCUACUUUUAUUAACAGCAAAAGGUCAUUGUCCACCAUAGGGGGUCAGAAUACAUGAAAAUUAUUGUCUGUUGCUGGUUUCCCUGUUCUUGGUGCAUGCAUCGCCACUGUCUCUUUCACCAAAGCCUAAGAGAACUUACAGCUAAUUUUAACUUCUGGAACUUCUUUGAUUUCUUUGCAUCUGUUCUCUUGUAAGAGCUCAGCAUCUUAACACCUUAGCAUUUUGGUCGAAGGGCUUUAAAACUCACCUCAUUAUUAGGAAGUUGUGAAUAUCAGAGAAAACCUGGACCUUAAGAACAACCUCAGUGCCACCCUGCGCGUGCCAUAGUCUAAAACUCAGUUCUAGAGUGGCAUCGGUCUCAUUAUGACCUGGUGUCAGUCAAUAAGGUUACAAAUGAAAAGGUCUGGGCUGAUCGGAAACUGUCAAGUAUGGUUUAACUGUUUUUUUUAAUGUUCUGUUACAGAGUAUUGUGUGGCCUUUCCAGUAACCUCGCUCCUGUACUGCCAAAAUGUUAGUGCCUCUUAAAACCCCAAGAUCUCGGUUUCCUUUUUUUUCAGCAGAUAUGUCCUCUUCUCUCCCUUGUGUUAAGAAACAUCAGUUUCCAUUCACCUAAAUAUUCAGAGAAAUUACCUUCCACCUUGAGCUCUCGGCGGACUUUUUUGCUUGGGAAAUUGUUUUCCAGGGUCAGAUGGCAGGCACGCCCUUCCUCACACUCUCCAUUUUUAAUUCCAAUCCUUUUCCAGUUGCCAAAUGAAUGGAGAUUCUUAAUCGUUUUAGAGAACAUUUUUAGAGAAUUUUAUGAAAGGUUACAUACCGCUAAGGAAAAAAAGAUGAGAAGGGGUUAAUGAUUAUCAGAUGAAUACAUGUGGGGGUAUUUCUUGUUUCCAACAUGCAUACAAUACCUAAAACACCCUCAUCCAGCUAUGGCACAUCUGCUAAAGCCAACACAUAACAAGCAUCCUUCCCUUUACACCAGUCUUACUUAUGACAAGCUGUGCACUACCGCAUUCAGGCCUGCCACCAAGAAUUACACAAUUCCCCAGUCAGAAUGUUUCAAUUUGCACUACUCUUGUCAUCUCCUGAGUACGAACAAAGGAGAAAUUGUCGUCUGGAAUUCACAGUGGAUUCUCUGUAGGUUACUGUCUCACACUUUUGUUGCAUACAUGUAUAUUUGUGCAUGAAUAUAUAUGAUGUAGUUCGAAACAGUGCAUCUGUUUUAGAGGACAAGAAAAAUGUUACACUUGGAAUUGUUACUCCACUUCUGAAUAAAAAAAAUAAAGCUGAAUUGUAUAUUAA